CUCAGCCUCACCCUGUGUAGGAGGAUCUCACCCCUCCCCCAUCCACAUUCCUCUCCGGUGUCAGAGACUUUGAGUUUUGUUUCUCUUCUGCUGUGAGCGAUGGCGUCUGCUGAUCUGAGAGCUGAGCUGAAAUGUUCUGUCUGUCUGAACAUUUAUACCGAUCCUGUAACCCUCAGAUGUGGUCACAACUUCUGCCGGGUCUGUAUUGAUCGUGUGCUGGAUACACAGGGGGGGUCUGGAGAUUUCUUCUGUCCUGUAUGCAGAAAAAGGUUCAGGAGUCGUCCUGCACUGCAGAGGAACAUAACUCUACAUAACAUAGCAGAGACUUUCCUGUCUGCUCAGCCAGAUCAAGAGGAGUCCGGGGUCUUCUGUACUUACUGUGUGGACUCUCCUGUGCCUGCUGUUAGAUCCUGUCUACACUGUGAGGUUUCUCUGUGUGAUAAACACCUGAGAGUCCACAAAAAGUCCCCAGAACACGUCUUAUGUGACCCCACCUUGUCCAUGGAGAGCAGGAAAUGCUCCGUCCAUAAGGAAGUUUUAAAGUAUUUCUGCACCAAAGAUAACGCCUGUAUCUGUGUGACCUGCAGUUUGGCUGGAGAACAUCGAGGACAUCAGGUGGAGACACUGGAUGAGGCUUCUGAGAAGAAGAAGGCGACACUGAGGAAUGUUCUGCAGAAACAUCUGACAAAGAGAGAGGAGACGGAGGAAAGAGUCCAGAGUCUGCAGGAACACAGGAGGAAAGUAGAAGAAGAAGCAGCUGGUGACACCGAGAGAGUCACUGUCCUGUUUAGAGAUCUCAGGAGACGUCUGGAAGAUCUGGAGAAGAGAGUCCUGAGGGAAAUCUCCGAGCGGGCAGAGCGGAUCUCCAUCUCCAUCCGGGAUCUGGAAAUAAAGAAGGAGGAGCUGUCCAGGAAGAUGCGUCACAUUGAGGAGCUGUGUAACAUGACGGAUCCACUGACUGUCUUACAGGAAUCAGACACAGGUGACUUGUGUGAUACUGAGGAUGGAGAUAAUGAGGACAGAGAGAGACAUGAGGAGCUCCUCCAUGAUGGAGGGGGUCUGGGUGUGGCGGGGGUCUUACACACAGGUUUAUCUGAUAUAAUAACAGAGGUAAAUGUAUACUUCUAUAUAGAGGGAGCUGCAGACAUAUCACUGGAUGGAAACACAGCUAGUAAUUAUCUACAGAUAUCAGAUGACAGGAAAACUGUAUCCGAGUCAGAUAGAGACCAGAAUUACCCAGAAACACCAGAGAGAUUCCAGAUUUAUCCUCAGGUGAUGAGCAGUCAGAGUUUCUCCUCAGGGAGACAUUACUGGGAUGUGGAUGUCGGGGGGUCAGAGAGAUGGACAGUCGGGAUGUGUUACCCCAGUAUAGAGAGGAGAGAGUGGGAGGAGUCAUUGAUUGGAGAUAAUAAGAAGUCCUGGGGAUUGGUCAGGACUGGUGAUCAGUAUUCUGUGACACAUGACAGUAAAGUGACCCCCUUACCCACCAAUGUCUCCAGAAGAGUCAGGAUAGAUCUGGAUUAUGAGGCCGGGCGGAUCUCCUUUUAUGAUCUGUGUGACCCGAUCCGACACCUCCACACCUUCACCACCACCUUCACUGAGCCCCUCCAUGCUGGGUUAUGUGUAUGGAAAGGUUGUAUAAAGAUAUGUGGGGGGAGGGGGAGAUGAGACAUCACAGGGACAGUCAGUAGGAUUGGUUGAUUGUUCAGCCAAUGAUUGGAGGAAGUGGUGACUCCUGGGAGAAGUAUGAGGGCUGCCAUUGCUGGCCUUCUUCUGAAAAUGCUAGUUCCCUGGCUUUGUACUUGUGCCGGGUCAAACACUGGGACAGUAUCAAAUCCAAAGCAUAGACAUGACAGCCAGGGAACUAGCAUUCUCAAAUGGAGAGUUUAGCAAUGGCAGCCCCCAUAAUUCUCUCAUGACAGACGUCCUUUUAUCCCUUGCUGACCAUCAUCUGUAUAUAUACAGCCAGUCAACAAGAGGUUAUACCAAGGUCAUGGCCACAGAAACCGGAGAUCGAUCGGCUGUUUUGUAAAAGUAAUCUGGGUGGCUUUACAAUGUCCAAUCACUUUUACACAGUGAAAGACCAUCCCCCCCUCCCGUCACUUCCUGCAGAGCUACCCCCCGGCUCUCCCAGUCCUCCCGGGAGCCCAGGACUGUGGUAAGUGUCCAGGAUGGGAUCACACUGAGGAGAUGGAGGAACAUCAGUUCUGCGAUCUCCUCUGGGAUGAAUGAAUCCAGAAGUGAUAACGAUUUUGGGGCUGAAAUGAUUAAUAAAUAAAACCGAUAAUGAAAAUCGUUGUCGUUGAUUUUCAUUAUCGAUUCGUUGGUCUGCACGCACCUUCCUCCCUGCCUAUCAGUCCUGCCUCCGUCCGAGUGUUACACAAUCCCCUGUGUACAAGCCGCUUCCUCAUAGUGUCGCUCAUGUGACCGGGCACGUCUGCCUCUCUCCUCCUCGCUGACAUCAGCGGGGUAUUCUCAGCUCCGCCCACUUUGCUGCCCCCAGGGAAGAGAGAGAGGAGAGAAGCAGUGGUGAGCGCCGAGCUGCAAUAAGGUAGUGGCAAAACAUUCAUACAAUGGCAAAACAUUGCUUUUUUUGGGGGGGAGGAAUAGUGCCCCAUUAUUGGUGUUGGGGGGAGGAAUAGGGCCCCAUCAUUGGUGUUCUGGGGGUGAAUAGUGUUCCGUGUUUGAUGUUUUGGGGAGGAAUAGUUCCCCACCAUUGCUGUUCCUGGGGGGGUUGUACUAUAAACCCCAUCAUGACAGGAUACCUGUAUAUGAUCUGUGUAUAUCGGUGUAACACUCUGUGUUUUUUUCAUUACUAUUUUAAAUAAACAAAAAAAUAGCAUAUUACAUUUAUUUUAUGAUUUUCGGCCAACAAAUUGAUUAUGAAAAUAAUCGUUAGUUGCAGCCCUAAAUGAUUUCAUCACUUCCAGUUUCAGAGCUUCUCUUCUGCCCUCUGGAGGUCAGGAGAGACAUUGCAGGGUGUAAUAGACCAUAAAGAGGACCUGUCACCUGCCAAAAGCUAUCACAAGGGGGCUCUCCGGUGCCGGUUAUUUUAGUCCUCAUUUUCUAUGAAUGUCGGCAGUUUUCAGUCCUGGAAAUCCACGUCUCCUUCAUACAGGAGAGAAUUCUGGGAAAUCUCUGGCAGAAAACAUGAUGAGGAAUGAGUCUGCCCAAUCUCCUGUUAUAUGAUAAUAGCAGACCAUUAGCUGGGACUCUCCCUGGCUUGUCUUAUGUUAUCUCCGCUUUAUCACAUAAUGAUGAUACAAAAGUCUACAUUGUAAUGUAAAGUGAUGUUUUAUUAUAUUAUGGGGGAGGGGGAUGGGGGUGUAAUAUAGAGAUAUAGGGGGAUACUGGAAUGUUCUUGGGGGUUUCUUGUA